AUGAUCGCUGCAACCAGCAGGACUCCUGGGACCCCUGAAGCCAUCGAGGGGUUAUCCUGCCAGCCAGGACACUACUGUCCACACGAGAACAGGACCCCGGUGCCGUGUCCCAGGGGGACAUAUGGCUCGUUGACUGGGGCUACAUCAAUGAAGAGCUGUGUAAGCUGCCCUCCCCAUCACUUCGGCCCCAGACCAGGCCUGACUGCUUGCAUUCCCUGUGGGUCCCAGGCUCAGCAGCCCCUACCCGGACAGGACCACUGUGUUUGCCAGGGUGAGGGGCAAAGUUUCCAGCCCAGCGAUGGAGAAUGUGUGUGUGCCCUGGGAUACGCACCCUGGGGGGAGAGCGGAGUGUGUGUGCCAACUGCAUAUAAGAUCUGCAGGGACGGCAAGUCACGUGGGCAGCACGGAGAAUGUCUGAGCGCUGAGGAGUGGAGGAAGCACUGCAGUCAGCAGGUGUGCCUGUCUUCUGAGGACAGCGAGGGCUAUGAUGUCACACUGGGCCUGUGUUUAUGCCGCUCUCUGGCCAGGGUGGAGUCCUGCGGAGGCUGGUGCAGAACUCCACACCCCCGCUCUCCUCCACCGGUGCGGCUGGUUUGUGCGGACGACCUGCGGCUUCUCUACGGCGACGAUGGCCACCGGGUGAGGGUGUCGAGCAGUGUGCUGGGCUCCCUCCUGAAGCCAUGGGAUUCCCAGGGGACCCUGCAGUGCGGUAGGCGAGCUAACUUCUCCCACCAAGUGUUCCUGAUCCAGACAACCGAACUGGGCUUUGUGGGCCAACUAAGUCCUGCCCUAGCAGACCUCCAGAGGUGGUUCCAAGUCAACAAUAAUGGACCACCAAGAGCUUCCUCACUGCCAGAGAGCCAAGGGGUGGAGGACGAACAACUCUGGGCCAGUGAUGCUAUUUCCAGGGAUGAAGCUAGGAAUUCCAGUGGGGUGGGGCUCAUCAAUCCUACUGCCUGCCUCCACCUAGGGGACAUCCUCCUAUUUUUAAUCACAGUGGAGCACUACCCCCAGUAUGACAGAGACAACCUAUACAACACUAAUGCUGGUUUUGACUGGGGUCCCUUCCGAGACCUUGCUGUGGACAUGACUUUCAGAGGAACAUCUCCAUCACUGUUUUUUGUGGUCUUCCAUGAACCAGGAGUGUAUGCUUUCAGACUAAGCAGCAAUCCUCACAAAAGCAUGUUUGUGAAGGUCAUGCCAUCAGGGGGGCAGUGCUAUGAUGCUGGAACAUUCUUCCCCACUGUCCCUCAUUACGUGACUCGCAUGGGCAUCACCAGGAGGCGCCAUCUCUUGCUGCAUCCUGACUGGCUAGUGAUUGGGGGGCUGCUGGCAGGGGGUGUGGUUAUCCUUGGCAUGUGCAUCACUUUGCUGAUCCUAUUCCGGGAUUAUGGCUGGUUGGAGAAGGAGCCCAUCCCUGUGCGGUACCGGCUGCUGCAGCUCAGGUACCCUCUGGAUGACUAUGCCUCCAAGGGAUCCACUGUCAUGAUGGUGAAGAAGACCCAUCGUAGCCUGCAAGUUGGAGGACCAGGAGACACAGCUGAGACAGCAACCCCACAUCCAGACACACCACUGUCCGCAGAUGAGUUCUGGGACUACGAACACCAGGUCGACCUGGAGGCCUUCAGCACCCCCAUGUUCUUCGAGGUUCUGCUGAAACACAGCGUGUCAGUCACAACCAGGCUGGGCCAGCUCAGGGCAGAGGUAAAGGAGUUGUACCAGGCUGUACAAGAAAGGUUCCUGGGGCUGCCACUGGACCAGAGAGCUGAUGGGGGUGCAGUCCCGCAUGGGUAUGAGGUGCUGCGUGCACAGGUUGAGCAGGAACGGAUGCGCCGGAAAGCACUGGCCACACAGCUGGGCCAGCUGCUGGACAGUCAGCUGCGCAUUCUGCAGGUGGAGACAAAUGCACAGCAGCAGGUUCAUGGGACCUUUGGGGCCUGGCUGAGAGAAGCUCUGAGGCUCCUGGACCAGGUCCCCGUAGAGGGCAGUCAGCUGGAUGAGGAGGUCCCUCAGCAGUAA